CGUGGUCUCAACAAAAUCACGAGGAAGUCUACAGAGCCUCUUCCUCGUAUUGAUGACCUGUUGGAUAUGGUGCAGGGUUGUACUAUUUUCAGCAAGAUCGACCUCAAAUCAGGGUACCACCAGAUUGAGAUGGCUGAAGGCGAUGUCCACAAGACAACCUUGAAAACCAGGUAUGGCACUUAUGAGUACCUGGUUAUGCCAUUCGGUCUUUGCAAUGCGCCAGGCACCUUCCAAACAGAGAUGCAUCGCAUACUGAGGCCUUACCUGGACAAGUUCGUGGUAGUCUACCUUGAUGACAUCUUGGUAUUUAGUCGUUCUGUCCGGGAGCAUGCGCAGCAUCUGGCUCUGGUCCUCCAGGCCUUACGUGCUAAACAGUAUAAGAUCAACAGGGAGAAGUCCUCUUUUGGAGUUCCCUCUGUGAUCUAUCUGGGACACGUGAUUUCUAGAGAGGGGUUGGCUCCUGAGGCAACGAAAGUUGCUGCAGUCCAGGACAGGCCGCGACCUGCUAACAUUCGUGAUGUCCGGUCUUUCUUGGGGCUUGCAUCCUACUACAAGAAGUUCAUUAAGAACUUCUCAGCAAUUGCAGCUCCCUUGACUAACCUUACAAAGAAAGACAUUUCCUUUCUUUGGACGUCAGAAUGUCAGGAGGCAUUUACACGUCUCAAGGAGGCCUUGAUUCGUGCCCCUGUUCUGAAGCUACAUGACCCUACUUUGCCUUUUGUACUAACUACUGAUGCUAGUCAGUAUGGUGUAGGAGCGGUACUUCAGCAGGAUGAUGGGAAUGGUCUGCAGCCCAUUGAGUAUAUGAGCAAGAAGAUCAAGACCAAGAAGCUGCAGGACUCUACCUAUGAGAAGAAGCUCUAUGCUCUUGUGUCAGCGCUCAGGCAUUGGAAGCACUUUCUCCUAGGCAGGCACUUCAAGAUCUUUUCAGAUCACUCCAGCCUUCAGUGGAUGAAGUCCCAGGGAGAGCUGAAUGACAAGCUUGCUCGCUAUAUUCAGUUCAUUGGCAUGUUUGACUUUGAACUGAGACACAAGAAAGGCUGCUACAAUAGAGUCGCAGAUGCCCUUUCUCGUAGGCCUGACGCUCUCUUUCUGAUCUCCUUUACUCACUCUUUUGGAGAGAGGACACGUCAGACCAUUGCCCAGUUGCUGCCCCAGGAUGAGAUCUUUGGGCCUAUUAUGAGGAAUCUCCAGGACGAUCCUGCCUUUGAACCAGGGUACUCUCUGGUUUCAGGCCUGCUGUACACAUGCAGCAGAGGCGAGGAGCGCCUGUGCAUUCCCCAGGACCGCAAGCUGAGGACACUUCUAAUGUCAAAGUGUCAUGACGCUCGUGGUCACUUUGGUGUCCUCAAAUCUUAUGCAGCCCUGUCGCAGCGCUUCUUCUGGAAGGAGAUGAGGAGUGACAUGCUGCACUAUGUGGAAACCUGUGAGUUAUGCCAAAGGAACAAGGUGGUACGACGACCUCCCCUUGGCUUACUCAAACCCCUACAUAUCCCUGAUGCCCCUGCACAGUCAGUUUCUAUUGACUUCACUGACUUAGUCAGGACUACACCAAGAGGUAUGUGUCAGGUCGUGGUCUAUGUGGAUCAGUUUUCCAAAUAUGCAGAGUUCAUCCUCUUACCAGCUGAGGCUCGUGUGCCAGCCGUUCAGGCGACGUUUGCUGACAGGUGGGUUACACAUCAUGGACCACCCACCUCUAUUGUCAGUGACAGAGAUCCCCGUUUUUGCAGCAAUGAAUGGCAAUCCUACUGCAGGGAUUACCUUCAUUCAAGGUUGGACAUGACAUCUGGUCGUCAUCCUAAAGCCAAUGGUCAGGCUGAAGUGAUGAACCAGAUUCUGUUCCAAUUGCUGCGUCAUGUGAUCAGUCCAGAUCAGCAGGACUGGGAUCUCCAUCUGAGUCGUGCACAGUUUGUGUAUAACACGUUUGUACACUCCUCAACUGGUUUCACACCCUACCGGUUGCACUGGGGUCGUGAACCACGGCAGCCUCUCGAUGAUAUCAUCGACAAGGCUACCCCUACGCAGACACCUGGAACUGCAGAGUUCACCAGGCGUUACCGUGUGGACAUAGAGCGUGCUCGUGCUAACCUGUUGAAAGCCCAAAAGGCUAUGAUUUAACAGGCUAAUAAGCACAGGCGU